AUGGCUAUAUGUGAUUCCAACGCAAUCCUUUCCUCUUCUGAGAAAUCUGGAGGACUUUCUAAGGGCAGGAAAUGUCCACAUUUUGGUGACUUUGUUGACUCUUCUGAACUUCAUGAUUUAGGGUUCAGUAGACCUCUCUUCACUUGGCAUAGGGGUUUUUUGUUUGAGAAAUUAGAUCGUGACUUAGGAAAUGAGGCUUGGAUUAGUAAUUUUCCUAAUUGUAUGGUCUCUCAUCUCCCGAAGAUUAAGUCAGAUCAUCACCUUCUUCUUUUGGUGCUAAAUUCGAAUAUUGCUCUCCUUCGGGAAAGACCUUUUAGAUUUUUAGCUGGAUGGGUUGAACAUUCGGACUUUGAUUAUUUUUUGAAGAAAAAUUGGAAAUACUCCGAUAAUAUUUCUAAUUCUCUUGGUAAGCUUGCUCAUCAUCUCAAUGAGUGGAAUAAAAUUUUUUAUGGUAAUAUCACCACUCGCAAGAGAGACCUUAUCAAAAGAAUUGCCAACAUUCAGAAGAGAAGUGAUUUCUCUAGUUCUUACCGCUUCAAUCAGGUAGAUUUGUCUCUUCACUAA